GUAUUGAUACUUAUUUUAGUCGACGACAGUCGCGUGGUUGUGAUACUUGUGUAUUUUAUAUUUUGAAGAAGAAUGUCUCAUCCAGCUUUUGAGGAUGCGGGAGCCAACCCCGGCAUCGAAAUAUGGACCAUUGACAAAUUUGAACCUGUCGCAAUCGACACUAAGAAAUACGGGAAAUUCUAUAAUGGAGACUCUUACAUCGUUUUAAAGACAUCUGGAAGUAAUAACUCGACUCUCGCCUACGAUGCUCACUUCUGGCUCGGCAGCAAAACAACACAAGAUAAAAAGGGUUCAGCGGCCAUUCUGACGGUCACUCUAGAUGACAUGCUAGGCGGGAAGGCGGUGCACCACAGGGAGGUACAGGGGCACGAGUCUAGCAAGUUCUUGGGGUACUUUCAACCAGCCAUCAGAUAUCUGGAAGGAGGCAACGAGUCAGGCUUCACCGAGGUGGAAACAAAUGCUGGUGCUGAGAAGCGACUCCUGAAAUUGACGGGAUGUGACAACAUGAGGAUCGAAGAGAUACCAGCAGAGGCGUCGUCUCUGACAAAGGACCAUUGCUUCAUCCUGGAGGUGGAACACGACAUCUUCGUCCUCAUGCCCGAAGGUGCUAAAGCCACACAGAGAAGGAAGAUCAUCAGCGUCGCCAACACCCUCCGUGAUGACUACCACAACGGAAGGGCCACCAUUGAAAUAAUCGACGAGUUCUCGUCAGAUGAUGAUUUCGGUGUGUUCUUCGAGGCACUAGGGUCAGGGUCCAAGGAUGACUUGCUUGAUGAUGACUCCACCGACGGUUAUACUCGUGAUUCGGUCUCUGCUGUCUACCUGUACAAAGUUCAGCUUGGUGAUGAAUUGGAUCUGGAAGCAUUGAGCAAACCGUACAAGCAGAAACAAUUGGAAUCCAGCGAAAUCUAUGUCCUGGAUACUCCAUGCUCUGGUAUCUACAUCUGGCUGGGUAAUGAUGUGGACGCAGACACGAAGAAGAACUACUAUGACAUCGUGCAGAAGUAUCUAGACGCCAAGGGCUAUCCUUCUUGGGUUCAUGCCACAAGAGUGACUCAAGGGCUCGAGAACUCCAACUUCCAACAAUACUUCCACAACUGGGACACCGUGGGAGGCAAGUCCACCAAAGAAUAUGCUACUGAUAUAGAUGGCGGAUAUUAUUCAGGAGAUGCCGAUGAGUCAGCAGCUGCAGCUAAACAGAUCGGCAAGAGUGCAUCUGCCAGGGGCUACAUGCCAGACAAUGGAGAGGGUUCUCUUACUGUCACCAGGAUCGCAGGAGACCAAGAAGAUGUAACGGAGCGCUUCGAGUCGGGACUGUCGGUGUUCUACCAGAGCGAAGUUUAUGUAGUGAAAUAUCAGUAUACGAACGCAGACGGGGACGACGCCUAUGUUAUAUACACUUGGAUCGGCUCCGACGCAUCAUCGGAUGAUAAAGCAGCCGCGACCACUUUGGCAUCCGAGCUGGAGGAUGAAGUGGACGGCGAUGUCAACGUGGUGAAAGUCCCCCAAGGGAAGGAAGCGAAGCAUUUCCUGAACAUCUUCAAAGGCAAUCUAGCAAUAAUAUUCGGCAACAAGGACGAUGAGUAUAAACCGACCAACGCAAAAAGUACAUAUGACGAUGACAAAAUUAGGCUAUUCAGAGUGGAAGGCACCAAGUUGGGUGUGGACAUGAGGGCGGUGCAGGUGGAGGAGUCUGCUGAUAUCCUGGAAGAUGACGACGUUUUCGUGCUGGAGACUCCUGAUGUGGUUUACAUUCGUAUUGGAAAGGAAUCCAGCCCUGAAGAAACAAAGGCGGCUGUCAAUUUCGUCACAGUGGUAGUCGGCGAUGAGAGGGAGGUGACCGAAGUGGAACAGGGCGAUGAGCCUGAUGAAUUCUGGGAUGCUUUAGGUGGAGCACCUGAUGAGAAGGAUGAGGAAGACGCGUCAGGGUGGCGGAAGACGGUGAGCAGGAGAGUGACCACGCCCAUCAGUCUCACCGCCGUCACCGUUACCAUAAUUGGCAAGAUCAAGUUUGAGGAGCUCUCUCCUGACUUCACACAGCAGGAUCUGUCUGAUGACGGUGUGUAUGUACUUGACAAUGGUGAAGAGAUGUAUCUGUGGCAGGGCGCCAACAUCCCCGAGAGGGUGAAGUCGGCCAGGAGUGAAAUUAUUAAGGAAUAUAUAGAAGAUGAUGGUUUGGAGCGGACUGUGGACAACGCCCUCGUGGUGACAGUCAAGCAGGGCAAGGAGCCAGCAGUCUUCAAGAAGCUGUUCCCCAGCUGGGACGCUGAUAUGUGGGAAAAUCAAACCUCAUACGACGAUAUCAAGAAUGAGACUAAAGCAGCCAACAGUAAAUAAAAACUGCCUUCUAGAAGGAACAAACUAUAUGUUCUACGUGUGGCUUUGCGUGCGUUAUUUUGCCAUGAUUGAUAGGAAUAAGCAGAAACCAAAGUGAUGAUAAGGGAUUGUUAUUUUUUUAUUUUGUGAUAAAAACAAUGUGUGAACUUAAAAAAUAUUUUUAUUCUUUUUUGCACAAUUUACAAUAACUUAUGUAUUUAUAUAAUAGAAUAUUGUUAAAUACAUAUGCCUAAUAUUUACAGAAAUUAAGAUCUUUUUAUUGAUUCGAAUCCUUUAAUAAAUAA